AUAAUACUCAUGUCUCCCAACGAAACUUGCUAUCCAAGUUUUUCUCGCCAUGUUAGAUACAGAACAUUGUAUGAACACGAAUGCUUACAUGAAACUAGGGUUAUGGAUUCGCAUCCCUACCAUCAACACCUGUGACUCCGGAGACGCUGUUCCUGACUGGCAGCACUACCAAAUCUUUCACUGCCGCCGCCAUUUCCCUGCUGGUCGACAACUCGUCCGAGUACUCAUCCAUCCAGUGGACGACGCCUAUAUCGGAACUCCUUCGCGAAGAUUUUGUUCUGAGCGACGAAUGGGCAACACGUCAUGUCACAAUCGAAGACAUCCUGAGCCACCGGACCGGGUAUCCCCGCCACGAUCUGGCCUUUGCGAGGGACACGCAGGACCUGGUGCGUAAGUUGCGGCACUUGCCCAUGUCUGCAGAGCCUCGGGUGCAGUUUCAAUACAACAACAUGAUGUAUGGAGUCGCGGGAUAUCUUAUCGAGACGCUUACGGGCUCUUCGCUGAGAGACUUCUUUCGUGUGCAUCUAUGGGAGCCCAUGGGUCUCGAAAACACAUUCCUUGGGUUGGACGACCCUGCCAUCCAGAAUAGCGGACUACUCGUGGCUGACGAGUACUACUAUGACGAGUCCACGGAUGCAUAUCUUCGCCUAGAACACGCGAACGUGUCCGGAGACGCAGCAGCCGGCGCUGCCAUUUCCAAUGUCCUAGACUAUGCCAAGUACUUGCGGGUGAUGCUGGACGAAGAGAAACCAAUGUCCAAGGCCGGCCAUCGUGAACUCAAGACCGCGCGGAGCUUUGUUAGCGGUGGUGUUGCGCCCUUUGUCGGUCCCAUCACCUACGCUUUCGGGUGGAUGAGCGGGGUUGUUCAGGGCGAGCAGAUAUGGCUUCACUCGGGCCAGGUAGAUGGGUUCACGACGUGGAUGUUGAUCGUACCAUCGAGGCAGAUCGGUAUCACGGUCAUGACCAAUGCGGCGUCGAAAGCACUGACGCUCGUGCUGUACCGUAUAUUAUACGACCUACUUGAAGUCAGGGAGAAGGACAGAUUUGACUUUGCAGCCAAGUUCCUAAACGACGUCGAGCAAGAGAAGCACUAUCUAGCGACUUGCCCGGAACGAGUAUAUCCAAAUUUGCCAUCGCCUCCGCUUCCACACACUCUGCCGCUCCCGAACCACACGGGCAGAUAUCGCGAUGAGGGCUAUGGUGACUUUGACGUGUUGCUCGACUGCGGCAGCACUGAAGCAGCCACGACCACGGCGCGCGGCGGCUCAUGCAAGCUUCGGGUUCAGAAGCUCGAAUAUGGCCCGUUCCCCUGGCCUUUCAUACUCAACCUGGAUCACAAGUCCGGAAACUACUGGCUCGGGUGGCCCGAGUUCCGGGGCACGGAUAUACCGCCGGCUUGCCUUGAGGUGCGGUUUCGCGUCAAUGCGAGUGGGGAGGUGUCCCAUUUUGGGUUCAAUGCUAGGAUGGAGGAUGGUGCGCCUCUGGUCUGGUUUGAUAGGAUAGACGAGAGACUGGACCCUGAGAGCAGCAGGGCAGUGUCUUCAUGAUGAUAUCUUCUGUGAUUUCAUAGUGCCACAAAACAUUCUGCAGCCCUAAAGAACAGGUUUUAUGGCCUAUGUGGCUCUGUAUCCAUCGUUGACCGCUGUACAACAGUGUCUUCUUGACGCGAAGGCGAUCCAACGCAAUGCACAUGGA